AUGGCGGAUUCGGUGAGUGAUAAGAGCAUUCAGAAUUUGAUAUCUGCAACCAAGUCAUUGAGGCUGAGCUUACAAAAGUCACAGGGGUUGGGGUUGGCUUUAGACAAGGCAGGGUCGAGAUUUGAAGAGAUUAACCAGAGAUUACCGUCUCUUGAAGCUGCGGUUAGGCCCAUUCGGGCUGAUAAGGAGGCCCUUGCUGCUGUUGGAGGUCAUAUCAACCGUGCUGUUGGCCCGGCUGCAGCUGUGCUUAAAGUGUUUGAUGCUGUUCAUGGGCUCGAGAAGUCGCUGUUGUCGGAUCCCAGGAGUGAUCUUCCGGGGUACUUAUCGGUGAUGAAGCGUUUGGAAGAGGCUUUGAGGUUUCUGGGUGACAAUUGUGGAUUGGCAAUUCAGUGGUUGGAGGAUAUAGUGGAGUACUUGGAGGAUAAUGCGGUUGCAGAUGAGCGUUAUCUAUCGAAUCUGAAGAAGUCGUUGAAAAGUCUCAGAGAAUUGCAGAGUGAUGAGGGGAAGACUUAUCUUGAUGGGGGGCUUUUGGAGGCUGCAUUGGAGAAGUUGGAAAAUGAGUUCCGGCGACUCCUAACGGAACACAGUGUGCCGCUUCCAAUGUCGUCGUCGUCAUCACUGGGAGAACAAGCCUGCAUUGCGCCAUCACCAUUACCUGUUAUGGUAAUCCAGAAGUUGCAAGCUAUCAUUGGAAGAAUGAUUGCUAAUAAUAGACUUGAGAAGUGUAUAUCUAUUUAUGUUGAAGUUCGAAGUUCAAAUGUAAGGGCAAGUUUACAAGCUCUGAAUUUGGAUUACCUUGAGAUAUCAAUUGCGGAGUUUAAUGAUGUGCAAAGCAUAGAGGGGUAUAUUGCGCAGUGGGGAAAGCAUUUGGAGUUUGCAGUGAAACACUUGUUUGAGGCCGAGUAUAAGCUGUGCAAUGAUGUCUUUGAGAGGAUUGGAUUGGAUGUGUGGAUGGGUUGUUUUGCAAAGAUAGCGGCUCAGGCUGGUAUUCUUGCAUUCCUUCAAUUUGGAAAGACUGUUACAGAUAGCAAGAAAGACCCAAUAAAGCUUUUGAAGUUGUUGGAUAUAUUUGCAUCUCUGAACAAAUUGAGACUUGAUUUCAACCGGCUUUUUGGGGGAGGAGCAUGUGUUGAAAUCCAAAACCUGACAAGGGACCUCAUUAAGAGUGUCAUUGAUGGAGCUGCUGAAAUUUUUUGGGAGCUUCUUCUUCAGGUGGAGUUGCAAAGGCAGAACCCGCCUCCUCCAGAUGGGAGUGUACCAAAAUUGGUCAGUUUCAUUACUGAUUAUUGUAAUAAACUGCUUGGGGAUGAUUACAAGCCAAUCUUAACUCAGGUUCUGAUCAUCCAUCGAAGUUGGAAGCAUGAGAAGUUUCAAGAGAAACUGCUUAUUAACGAGGUUGUAAAAAUUGCUAAAGCGAUUGAGCAAAACUUGGAAGCUUGGAUAACGGCAUAUGAGGAUCCCUCCUUGGCGAACCUCUUCGCAAUGAACAACCACUGGCAUCUGUACAGGAGCCUAAAAGGAACUAAGCUGGGAGCUCUUCUGGGGGAUGCUUGGUUAAGAGAACAUGAACAAUUCAAGGGCUAUUAUGCUGAGGUGUUCUUGAGAGACAGCUGGGGGAAACUUCCUAGUCAUUUAAGUAGGGAGGGUCUAAUUCUCUUCUCAGGUGGUCGUGCAACUGCCCGUGAUCUUGUCAAGAAGAGACUGAAAACCUUCAAUGAAGCCUUUGAUGAAAUGUAUAAGCGACAGUCAAAUUGGAUAGUAUUAGAUAAAGAUCUAAGGGAGAAGACAUGCCAGCUCAUAGUGCAGGCAGUUGUGCCUGUUUACAGAAGCUACAUGCAGAAUUAUGGCCCAUUGGUUGAGCAAGACGCUAGUAAUAGCAAGUAUGUAAAGUAUACAGUGCAGACUCUGGAGAAAAUGCUCAUGUCUCUCUUUCAGCCAAAGCCUAUGAGAUAUGGCAGUUUCAAAGGUAGCAGGCAGCUGAGUGGGAACUUCAACAAUGCAGUAAAAGAUCUUCGACGUACUACCUCUGCAGCUGUAUGAUCAUCCAACUACAUUGUUCGUUGUUGAAUCCUCGACAGGACUAUCCUUCCAUCCAGAUGGUUAGCCUUCAUCUUGUACAUACUGACCUCCCCAGUGGCCUGGAACUAAAUCGUGCUAUCCUAUUGCCCCGGAUUUCUCCAACAUAUUGCAAGUCAUCUGAAUCUGAUGAAGAAUUGCACCCUGUUUGCACUGCUUCCUGUUGGGGUUCUAGACCCCAUACUCAUUGAUGAACAAAAUAAUACCAUCCCUUUUGGAUCCUCGGCGUAGAUAAUAUGUUCAGGUAUAGCCAUCCAUUCUUGUAUCAUUCAAAUCUUUAGUUGGAUUACUGAGCUUAGGCAGUGGUACAAUUCUUUGAUCUAAAGUGCAUCAAGAGGUUUAGCUGUGAUUAAAGUUAUUAUUACUAUUUAUCUGGAGAAGGUCAUAAUCCAGUCACCUUCAUUUAGGUGCUUGGCUUUGUACUAUGAACUGAAACAGCUUGAAAUUGUAUAACAGCCAUGUUCUAGUGGAAUAUUGUUGACAAUAAUGUCU